AUGGACGUUACCGGGGACGCCGGUGGAGGUCGCCGCCCCAACUUCCCCCUGCAGCUCCUCGAGAAGAAGGAGGAGCAUCCGUGCUCCAUCUCCCCGGAUGCUGGGCUCGGGACGAAUGGGUCGGCGACGGGGGAGCUGCAGGUGCGGAAGGCGGCACCGCCUAAGCGGACCACGAGCAAGGACCGGCAUACGAAGGUGGACGGGCGCGGCCGCCGCAUCCGGAUGCCGGCGAUCUGCGCGGCGCGGGUGUUCCAGCUGACGCGGGAACUGGGGCACAAGACGGACGGCGAGACCAUCGAGUGGCUCCUGCAGCAGGCGGAGCCCGCUGUGAUCGCGGCCACCGGCACAGGCACCAUCCCGGCCAACUUCACAUCUCUCAACAUCUCCCUCCGCUCCUCCGGCUCCAUGCUCUCCACCAUACCCGCCCACCUCCGCGCCGCCGGCCUGCCGGGGUCUCGCUUUGGAGGUGGCCCACGGGCGGACGCGUGGGACCGCUUCGUCGGUCUCGGGUUCGGCGGUGGCCUCGAGAGCCCGGCCUCCACCACCACCUCGUCGUCGUCCCCGCUGCUGCUGAGCUUCCACUCCGGAAGCGUCGGCCUCGACGUUUCGCCGUCGUCGGCGACGGCUGCGGCCAACACGGAACUGUCCAGGAAGCGGCGUUGGGAGCAAGAAAUGCAGCAGCAGCAGCAACAACAUCAUCACCACCAACAGCAACAGCAGCAACAGUACCAGCAACAGAUGGCCGGGUACACGCAGAGCCAAAUGCCGGGCACUGUGUGGAUGGUGCCGACGAGCAACGCCCAGGCCGCCGGAGCGGCGCCUGCCGGUGGCGGCGAGUCGAUCUGGACGUUCCCGCAACCCGGGAGCGGCGGCGGCGGCGGCUCGGCGACCGUGUACCGCGGCGUGCCGAGCGGGCUACAUUUCAUGAACAUCCCCGCGCCGAUGGCAGUGCACGCGCAGCAGCUGGGACUCGGCCAGGCCGGCGGCGGCGGAUCAGCAGCAGCGGGCGAGGGGCACAUGGGGAUCCUCGCCGCGCUCAACGCGUACCGUGGGCAGCAUGCAGCGGCGUCGGAGGUCACCGUGGCGGGGCACAAUGGAGCAGCUGAAGGGACUACUCACCAUCAACAUCAGAAUCAGCAUCAGCAUCUGCAGCACGGGGGUGGCGAGCCGAACGAGAGCAUGAGCGGCAGCGACUCGUAG